AGUAUACUGUUCGAUAUAUCUAUAUAUAACAUAUAUAUAUAUAUACUCAGUGGUGUUUUAAGUGAUACAAGAGUAGAGUAGGUGUGACAAUGUUUCAACUAUAAUUAUAAUUUAUUACAUAUAUUCACAAAUACAAUACGGCUAAAAAUAAAAAGUAAAUAAAAAUGGCUGAAUUAGCGGCAUUACUCCGUCAAGAUAUACCGGAGGGUCGUAGCAAUUUAGCCGACAGUCACACAAAUCUCGAGCGAGUCGCCGAGUACUGCGAAGCAAAUUAUUUUCAAGCUGAAAACAAGCGAAUAGCAUUAGAAGAAACUAAAAAUUUUACUACUCAAUCACUUGCCAGCGUUGCGUACCAGAUCAAUACUCUCGCGUACAAUUUUCUCCAGCUGCUGGAUCUUCAGACUUCCCAACUCAACGAAAUGGAAAGUCAGAUGAACCAUAUCGCCCAGACGGUGAUGAUACAUAAAGAGAAAGUUGCUCGUCGUGAGAUCGGAGUUCUUACUGCAAAUAAAAUGACAACAAGACAAUACAAAAUAAUUGCACCCGCAAAUCCGGAAAAACCAAUAAAAUAUGUACGUAAAAGCAUCGACUAUACAACUUUGGAUGAAAUUGGUCAUGGAGUGAGAAGCGGAGGUACUCCGAGAAGUAAACAGCGAGGUAGUAGUCAGGGAAGUGUUCAAAGUUUGGGUGGUACUUCAACAAAUUCAGGAAUCACUGCAGCGAUGGUUGGUCCAGCUCCGACAACAAAACCUCCGACUCCGCCGCAAGUCGCGAGAACUGGAACGCUGAGCAAGGGAUCAAGAGAAUAUAGAACUCCGCCAGCAGUUGCUCCGCCACAAGUACCAAGUCAUUAUGCGCCCAAUUAUCCUCUGGGACACCCGAGACGGGAACGAGGCCCUGGUUACAGUACUCUGCCUCUUCAUGCUCACACCACUACGCUGGCUCACAAUAAUUCUAAUCUCAAUAAUAGCGUUAAUAGUGUACACUCUGCGCCUCCACAAGUCGGUACGGUACAUCCGUUGCAGAGCCAUCCGCAGAUACCACCUCCUGCACCGCCUAGUGUCACUGGGUCUUAUAUACAGGAGGUUCAUAUGCCACCACCACCGUCACCACUGGUCGUUGGCGGAGACCUAGGCGAAUUUACAGGUCACCACACAUUACCACACCGUCUCUCACACCAAUUAAGCCGUGGUAGCGGUGCCAGUAGUCCUCCCUUGCCACCACCACCACCACCAGAACAAGAGGAGCACCCGCAGUUUGGACGUCCGCCCCAAUCUAGCGCCAUAAUGCCAAUCGUACCCGACGAAGAUGAUCUUCCUGGCUGGGUUCCCAAAAAUUACAUCGAGAAAGUGGUAGCAAUUUAUGAUUAUUACGCCGAUAAAGAAGAUGAAUUAAGCUUUCAAGAAAGUUGCGUUAUUUAUGUAUUGAAGAAAAAUGAUGAUGGAUGGUGGGAAGGUGUCAUGGAUGGUAUUACUGGACUAUUUCCAGGCAAUUAUGUUGAACCUUGUGUUUAAGAAUAAAAAUAAUAAAUAAAAAAAAAAAAAUUUACUUUUUUCUUGUCGAUUUAUAUAAAUUUAAUAUGAUCCUGAAGUUAGCAGACUAUUAAUAAUUUUUUGAUUUUUUUUUUAACAGAUCAAUUACAAAGAAAUAAAAAAAAAAUAUGCACAUUGAGAAAAUUUUAAAAACUACAGGUGAAAUUAUUUCAAAUAUUUUUUUUUUACAAUUUAUCGUUUAAAAAAAAAUCUGAAAAUUAUUAGAUGUCGGCUAACUUCAGUCGGCUAACUUCAGUCUCGGCUGACUUCAGUCUCAUAAUUUAAUAUCGAUGGAAUCUCAUCAAAUUUAUUAUACAAAAAUAUCAAAGAUGCUGAUGUUGCAAAUAAUUCAGCUAAUGGUAAAUUUUUUUUUUUUUGCUAAGUACGCAAUUUUGAUAUAUAUGUAUAUCAUUGUAAUAAAAAAAAAUUAAUAAUUGAGAUAACAAAUUAUGAGCUUGUAGACUUUGCUAAAAAAUAUUUUAAAAAGUUAGUGCGUCUGUGUAAUUUUACUAUUUUUUUUUUAAAUAAUUAUAAGCUGAAGUAAAAAAAAUUGUAAUUAUUAAUAUUUAAUAUUUGUACCUUUUUUAGUGGAAGUAUUUAUAAAAUAUUUGAAAAUAUUUAAUUCAACUUUUUGUAAUUAUUUAAUAAAGUUGGAAUAAUUGAAA